AUGCGUCUAACCCUAUCCAAGCUGCCACUCUUUGUAGUGGCUACGUCUUUAUUCACGGUAGUUAUAGCUGCACCCGGUUCCUCCGGUUCCUUGAACUGGAGUAAGUGUCCGAGCGAUGUUCCCCUCGCCUCACCUGCACUGCAGUGUGCUCAGCUGCAGGCCCCAUUGAACUGGAGUGACCCAGAUGGCGAGAAAAUCAUGCUCGGCUUGACUCGUGUGCAAGCCAAUAACACCGACAACCGCAUCGGCAGCUUGCUGAUCAAUCCAGGUGGCCCUGGACAAGCCGCCUCCACGCUCAUCGCUGGUCAAGCUCUAGGCUUUCCUUUAUUCAGCGAGGCGCUUUCAAGUCAAUUCGACAUAGUUGGUCUGGAUCCUCGUGGUGUCGGGCUCAGUACGCCUGUGAUGUGUGACCCAGAAAUCUGGAACGAAAGAAUUACAAGCUUUCCAACGUCCGAGGAAGAAUUCAACAACAUGGUAGAUCAGAACAAAGCUGUGUGGCGAAGCUGCGCCAACAUGACUGGGUCCCUACUUUACAACGUUGACACCCUUUCAGUGGCUCGCGACUUCGAAGCUCUGCGGCAAGCAUUGGACGAAGAACAAAUCACCUUCCUCGGAAUAUCAUACGGCUCGCAAAUCGGACAAUCCUAUGCCCAGCUGUAUCCUGGGAAAUACAGGGCAAUGGCACUGGAUGGCAUUGUGGAUCACAACCAGUCAGACACCGAUGUCUUUGCCACACAAGCAGCUGCAUACGAGUAUGGCUUUGCGCGGUUCGCAAAAUGGUCCGACAAUACCACUGGAAGCGCUCUACAUGGGGAAGACGUGGAUGAGGUCUUUACCCAACUGGUCAACAAUGCCACAUCGGAGCCAAUUCCUGCCCCAGGUUGCGGCUCCAACGGCAUGUGCCGUCCAAACAUCACUGGCGAGGAAAUUCUUUUUCUGGUACAAGAACUCCUGAUGUUUAAAGAUCCGUUCCCACCACAAUCAUCCGGGUGGGUAGGCCUCGCCGAGGCACUCGCUGCUGCAGCCGGCGGCAACGCCACAGCUUUGUCUACAGCUUAUGCCGUUCAAUACCUUGCCAGUAGCAACCAGUCUACUGUCUUCGCCGGUCUAGCCACUCUCUGUCUGGAUCUGGGCGAUAGCAUUGCCAAUUACUCUGAUCUGCAGUACCGUCUAGAGCUUGGAUCGUAUGUGGCACCUGUGACACGCGGUGCCUCUGAGAGAUGGCAGGCUCAGACACGGUGCAUCGGUUUUGGACACGAGCCUACGAAUCCUCAAACCGACAUGACAGUGGUGAACAACGGCUCUCUGCCAGUAUUGCUGGCGCAGUCAAAAUACGACCCUUCUACUUCAUACAUUUGGGCCGAGGAUGUCCGCAACCAGAUUGAUAGCAGCGUUCUCGCCCUUCGAGAUGGCGAUGGGCAUACAUCUUACUUUUUGCAUGGGGAGCUCGCGGACAUUAUCGACAGCUACCUGACUAAUGAGACCCUACCAAAGCCGAACACGAUCGUGGAUACUUGA